GAAGCAAAAAUAGGAGCUAAAAACAGAGUAAAAAAUGGGGCAAAAUAGUUGGUAUGAAAACGGAAACGAUCAAUACAACAAUAGCCGUGUGCGUAUAUGUAUACGCUCUCCACUACACCACAACAUACAGCAUACGCAUACACACACAGAGCAAAGAACCAAAAACCUUGUUUUUAUUAAAAUGGCCGCAAAGUAAGACGUGAAAUAUUUUCAAGUCCGAUGUGUAUAUUUUUUAUAACGCAAAUUAAGACUAUAUUUAUUCAAAAGCUGUUCUGCAUUUUGCUGUGUAAAUUCAAUGUGAACGAUUUGUUCACGUUUUUCUGAUCGAACAACCCAUUUUUGCAGUUGUUUAUGAAAAGUGCAGUGUUAUUUAGAUUUAUUUUCGAUGUGAAGCACCAAUAGCAGUAGCUGCGGAGGAAAGAAAAAAGAGAAGAAUUAAUACAAAAUUUGUAUUCUUUUUUCUUCUGGUUGAAUUAGUGAGAAAGUGUAAAUGCUAUACAGCACAGAAUAAAGCUAAACGAUCUGAUAUUGAUGUUCUCCAGUGAAAAUAAAAAUUAAAAAAAAAACGAAUUCGUUUGUCUGUGCUGAACAAUAAAUGGGAAAUCAACUCAUUUUACAUUUAUUAAACAAAAGUCUGCAAGGGCUUUUGUCAAAUUCUCAUCUUUGUAUUGAUUACGAUCACAUCUAAACGAAGGAAAAAAAAGGACAACAAUUCAAUUGACAGGGACGUGACAAGUCCAAGCAUUGCUAAUCACAGUAAUCACACGCAAACAAAAAGGAUUUCUUUACGGAAACGUAAUGUUUAUGUAUGUCAUGGCCAAUGCUGAAACCGACAGGAGAAUCGACCACACAUACCUCCGCGAUGUAGGAGGCACUUUUUUCUCUAUUAAAUUCAUAGAUAAAAAUUUAUGCGUUACUUAGUUUAAAACCGAAGCAGAGGAAGAAGAAAAGAUACCAGGCAAGAAGUUAGAGAAGGAGAACGAUGAUACGUUCUAUCAUCAAAUAAAUGAAAUAAAACAACAAAAGUACGGAAUAAUUUGUCGAAAAUUUGGCCGUUAUAAAAGAGUAAUUUAAAUAAUUUGAAAACAAAAAAAUUAAAUAAUUGUAUGUGAAAGUGGUUUGGUAUUAAUGCAAUAUUCUAUACACAUAUUGACAAUUGAGAUUUAAAAAAAUUGAGUUCUUUUUUAUUGUGAAUAUGCGCAAACAAAAUUGGCUCAAAUAACCAUUCGGUGUAAGAAUUACAAUUUAUCACGUAAACAAAUUUUAUAAAGUGGCGAAGAAGCUGCAAAACACACAGUGAAACUAAUUUAUACAGAGACAGAUAGUUGUCUAAAGCUAGACACAAACACACACACAUGUAAAUAUAUGAUUUGAGUGAAAAGGUAGAAAGAUUGAGAAAUCUUUGUUAAAUUUAAACAGCUGAUACGCUAAACAAACAAAUCAGCGGGAAGGAGAAACGUAAAAAAAAAUAAUCUAAACGAUAUAGAAAAAUCAUUGGGCAAAAUUGAUUGAAAUGACUUCGCCAUCGUCGAGUAUUGUUGUUGUAGAUAAAAGUGGCUCAGUCGAUGCAAGUAAUUUGAUUCAGUCGUCACAACAUGUCCACCAAACGCAACACCAGCCCAUCCGAGCUCAACAGGUGAUCCUCAACGAAGAUUAUUUGAGUGGCGACAAUAUUGUUCGAGCUGGUAAUGUAAACUAUCUAAUACCGAUGCCAAGCUCAACGGCCCCAAUGCUGAAACAAUCGACGAUUGGCCAGCAUCCAAACUCAAAGGUUCACGUAAUCAGCAAUGUGACACUGGUGUCAAAGGCUGAUCAACCGCAGGCACAAACCAUCAAUUUUGUGAAUAGUAAGCAUGUGCAGCAAUCGGGUGGGCCCAUGGUGAGUCGGUCGUCGAUUACGAGUGGAAAUUAUGUAAAUAUAUCAACGAAAUCUCAGCUACAAAACAAACUGUUCAAGUCUCCAACAAUUACACAAAUGGAUCAACAAGCACAUAUUGUUUCGGGGCAACAGCAACCGGUUCAGCAGCAACACAUAAUUACCAAGCAUUUGAAUAACGCCAGUGCAAUAGUACAAAAAGUAAUACCACGAAAUAUUCUUGUGUCGACAAGUCGAAUUCAAAAUAAAAUUGAGCCAGCAACAAUUACACGAACAUCGACGCCCAUUGCACAGCAUCAAACAAAUCAGAUGUCCAACGUAAUCCAAAUACAAAAGCCGAACUCAAUUGCUAUCAAUAAAACGAAUAGUUUAAAUGUGAAUAAUGUUAAAAGUACAAAAGCAAAUCAACAAGCCAUUAAAUUGGUAAAUCAAACGGUGAUCGGUGGUGGUGGCGGUGCUGGUGGAGGAAUUACCAGUGGAACAAUCAAACAUGGAAACACAACCGCCGUUAAAACAAUAACUAGCACGGCAAUUAGUGCGAUAACGAAUCCGAAUGCCUUGCAGCAAAAGAAUCAAACGAAGACCACAUAUGGUGUACAGAACUCCAAAGCUCUACAUCAACAGCCUCAACAAAAGUCACAACUUUCCGUUGUUCAUAGCAAUAUUUCCACUCACAGCAGGAAUAAUAAUAACAAUAACAACAACACCAUCAAUGCAAAUACCAAAAUAGUGCAACACUCAGCUCCACGUACAAUAAUGUCCAUGAGCAAUAUGUGCGUUCAGCCAAAUGUUAUUGGACAAAAGCUGGCUACAUCUAAGGGUACACCCAUUACUAAAUACAUGGCGCAAACGAAUCCAAGCAUCUCGAACAUAAGCCAAACGCCCUGUAUAUCAACCGUACAGUAUCGAUCGAAUGAAAACUUGCAGGCCGGCGAUCAACGAGUUACAACAUAUCGAACGAUUCAACCAACGGAAGCACGACCAACAUCAACGGUGAAUAAAUCAGUCACGGUGAUAAAUCACCCAAUGAAUGUCAAUCCGGAAAGUAGUAGCCAUCAAUCUACAAAAAAGAAUUCCGAAUGGAAUCAAUUCCGCCAUAGGAAUGGGGUGGACAUUGGCAUUCAUGAAUUCCAAAGUUCUUCGGAUGUGAAUGUGAAAUCUUCAACGAUUCCAGGCUCCGUGGACGAUGUUAUUAUGGUGAAUGGGACCCAUAUGAGUGAGGAAAUGUCGGCACGCAUUCUGCAGAGUUUGUCACAAAAAGUCGUGUUCCAUUCCAACAACAGUGCAAACAGCAAUACCGCUGCAAGUAUUACACCCAAUCGAAAUGUACAACCAACCCCUUCGCAUCGAGUCACACAGUCCGUCUCACAUCGUGCGAUACAACCAGCACCCUUCAAAGCAGCUCAGACGUCUCGGAACUACACUGAAUAUGCAAACAAGAGCGGACCCGAGUACUUUCGCGUCAACACCUCAGACAUUCAGUCAACAACAUCAACAUUUGUGGACAAUAUACCUUUGGUGUCAGCCAGAGGUGACGAGAGCUAUUCAAAUACAAAUGAUUUAGAUGACGAUAUCAUUGGAGAAGAAGUGAGACCAAAGCCCAUCGAUAGCUCGAUGGAUUCCAGAAUGCAAGCAUUACAUGCAUUAUUGCAGGAUCACACAUACGUUCAGUGGCCGGUUGAUAAACAAACACAAUUGACGACCACAAGCGCAUCCUUUGCUCCGAGCAAGAGCACCACACAUUCGACUGGAGCGCCCGUUACAAAUUCAACGCCUAAUAAUCAAUCAGAGCCAUCCCCAUCAAGUUUGCUCUCCUCACCGUCAACUAAAUAUAAGCAAAGUACAACGAUCCAUGCGGCAGAAAACAUUGCGGCCGGAAACAGUGUUCCUAUGCCAAGUCAAACAACCUCUCCGAAUACACUCGCCAACAAAUACCAUCAACAAACGAAUACAACAAAUCUAAUACCCGGAUAUCCGUUCGGAUAUAAUGAUAUGAUGAAUAAAGACGAUGACGCAAAUUCGGCCAUCAGCAAUGGAUCGAGGAAUAAAUCGGAUAUUGAUCCAGGAGAGGAAACUGAAACGGCACCCGAAGCUGGCAAUGAAGAUGACUCUGUAACACGAUGCAUAUGCGAACUGACGCAUGAUGACGGUUACAUGAUAUGCUGUGAUAAAUGCUCCGUUUGGCAACAUGUCGACUGUAUGGGAAUCGAUCGACAGAACAUCCCGGAGGAAUAUAAAUGUGAAUUAUGCCAGCCGAGAACGAUCGAUCAAAACCGUGCACGGACAUUGCAACUAAUGAAACGCAAGGAGCAACAGAACUUUUUGAUGAUGAAACAAUCAAAUCAAGUGUCUGGUUUCCCAUUGGAUUCAAAUGUUUUACAAGCCACAAACUCAGGCGAUCGCUCGCAAUUGAAUGCAUUUUCAACGAUUGUUGCCAAUAAGAAGAAAGGAACGUUGUCGAUGAAAAGUCGCAAAGGUGACUUAUUCGGUACACCGAAUAGUAAGCGUAAGCGUAGUGAUUCUAGUCGUGGUGGUAGUAAGCGUCGAGAAUCGAAAAAAUCGCUGUCAAAGAGAAAGUCACAUUCAGGAUCCAGUUCAAAUACGACGACACCAGUGAAGCCGAGCGCAUCAUCUGCGGAUAGUGAUAAGCAAUCCACAAAUUUGCGACAAUGGAUCGAAAACUACGAGGCAGCAAUGACAAAUCAUUAUUCGCCCGAGCUACGUGCACGCUUGCAUUCCAUCACCAAGCAAGUGGUAUCGUCUACAUCGGUUGUGCCAAUGCUGAAAAAUAUCGGUUCGUUAGAUAACAAGUGCACAACAGUGCCACACGCUGGGGGAAAGAUCUUGAUUAGUACUCGUGAAAUAGCCCCAAAUAAUCCUGUGAUAGAAAUACGUGGAAAAUAUAUGCUGAGCAGCCAGUUCAAACCACAGCAACCAACUUCGCCAACAUCAGCGAAUGGAACGCGAAACUUUUCAAAAAUACAUCCUGGCCCAUUCUUGUUCUUCUAUCGAUUGCCAAACGAUGGCCCCGAGAUAUGCGUUGACACGAGGACUUAUGGAAAUGAAGCACGAUUUGUUCGGCGAUCGUGUCGGCCAAAUGCAGAAAUUGUUCACAGCAUUGAGAAGGGAACUCCACAUCUAUACAUUGUAUCGCUAAAUACAAUCCGCUCAAGCACUGAGAUAACAAUCAAACACGAACCCCAUGAUUUGGAGUCACUGGAACGUGGCGAGAUCAGCGCGCCAACGUCUUCGAUUUGUGGUUGUGGCUUAAUCAAAGAUUGUAUGUUUGGAGCUAAUAGUACGAGUCAAACUGCUCCACAGUCUAGCACGCCAACGUCAUCGAAGAAAUCGAAAAAACCCAACGGCCACGUUAAGGACAAAUUCUCUCAACUACGGAAAAAGAGCAAACUCGAUAAAGGAAAUCGGAAUCAACCAGAAGCAGCAUCACACAUUUCACCUGCUAUCGGUAGUAAUGCUGGCAUGCUAUCUCCAACUACAUCGAGAUCGAGCACAGACGAUGCGGAGAAAAUAAAAUCCAGUGAAAAUGCAUCAAUAAAAUCGCAUCCAUCACAAGAAAAGGUACAAAAAGAGCAAUCUGCUGAUAAAACCCAUGACAAACCACAUCGGAAGAAUAAUAAUAAUUCGAUCGAUGGGUUAUCGACCGUACCUGAUGAGAAACUAGAUCAAUCAUCCUCAUCAGGGAAACCAUUAGUAUCUGAUUCAAAAGGAAAAGAACCUAAUGCUGACUCAUCAACACCAUCAUCACCAUCUAAAAAUGAAAGCAAAAUCGAUGGAGCUCAAAACCGUUCAAUGAAAUCUCCACCCACAACGCCGAUAUCAGCGUCAAGUAUAAAAUCACCAUUGAGUAAAUCGGGUCACAAGAAGGCUGCAAGAAAGUCGACAUGUAGCUUAUCGGAAGAUACUGGUGAUGAAUUUUCGCACGUAGCAUCGGGUUCGAAAAGCGAUAAAGAAUCGAAAAAGACAGUUGAAAGUAAGAAACUCACGCGCGAAGAGCGAAAAAUGGAGGCAAUCGUACGAGCAUUUGAAAAAAUGGAAAAGACUGAACAACGGAAAAAUGAACAGAAAAAAGCGGGCUCAACUGCACUAACUAGUGGUAGCAGCUCAUCAAACAAAAAACGGAGUAGCUCUUCAUUUGGAAAAGAUGAUGAUAAAUUGAAGAAAUCCAACAGCCAGACGGGUAAGCGUAGGAGGAAACGUGGAAAAUCAUACAGUCAAUCGAGUGGUCAGAAACGAAGACGCAAUCGCUUCGAUUCGCACAAUUCGGAUGACGGUAAUACGUCGGAUGAAUCCAGCACACCGAUGCUGUCUCCAACGCGCUUGCACGAUUUGGAUCGGCAUCCGAGGACACCAAACGAACACCGUGAUAAAGGUGAUAAUAUGGCAGCUGGGCUGCUUUUAUCGCUGUCAAACUAUGGGCUAACAUCGGACAAAAGCAAUUGUUUUUCAUCACCUGAACGGUACAAUGCAACUAACAAAACAUCAUCGAACACGCCACCUUUCGCCGUAAGCUCUGCAUGUUUGCUAAUCGAAGCAGCUGUCGGACCGUUAGACAACGAUUUCAAGCUGCCAACGAAAACGAAAACUAAAAAAACCAUCAUGAACGAAUGGUUACACCAGAGUGACGGCACAACAUCUUUUUCAUCACACAAUGAUAGAGAACAAUUGUUAUCGCCAUCAACAUCGAUGGACAACUUCACGCAUGGUGACUCAAACAUUAAUAGCUAUUCGCACGAUGUACCACCAAGAAAUAUGAGUUUCGCUGCACAAAAAAUCGAAGAAUUCAUUCAUUUGACGUCUGGUGAACACAUAGACGAUGACGAAUGUUCAAAAUGGAGUGGAUCCCCAAUUUGUACAUCAUCCGAUGCUAUGACAGUACCAACGCCUUUGCCAACGCCACCGCUGCAGAUGGGCAGUUCUGUUAAGAAGCGCUGGCUUCGUCAAGCCAUUUCGGAAGAGUGUUCGGAUGAACUUUUAGCCAGCUCAGCCACAUCUUCGCCGCCAAAUGGGUUUAUGGCACCAUUGAAAAAGCGGCGGGUUGUUCGUCAAUGCUCCGACUUGAACUCAGAAGAUCUAGAAACAUCCGAGAGAGAGACUGAGAAAGUGCUUAAAGGGGAUACUGAAAAGGUGUUUCAAGAUGAUGAAACAAAGACGUGGAAUGAAACGGACGUUAAAGUUGAAUCCGAACAAGAUAAAAAAGUGGUCAAGAAUGAAAUUGAAGCUGAAGCUGAAGCUGAAGCUGAAGCUGAAGCUGAAGCUGAAACUGAAACUGGAAAUGAAGUGGACAUCGAACAGGAAUCUAAGCCGGAAGUAAGUGAAAAUAAUGCAACACUGGCGGAUAUUGAUAAAUUUGAGCCCAUUGAGUCUGAUGAGGACGAGGCAAUGUGUGAAAGAUUAGAAAUCAAAACUGAAGUUGACGAUAGUCAAGACAAAUCGAUGGAAACUGAAAGUUUUAAGCACGAAUCAAUUAGUGAGGACUCCAAAUCUCAAGAUGACGCUCAGAUGCCACCCAGCCCAGAUGAAGCCAAAGUGGAGGUGAAUAGUGAAGAUUUCAAUAUCGAAGACAGCAAACCAGAACAAAAAGACUUGGGCAAACAUUCUGAUUCGAUAAUACCCGAAGUGCUGCCCAAGAAUGAAAUCGAAGAUAUUCAACAAAAGUUGCAUUCAUUCCACAGUGAAAAUCUGAUGAUCCUGCAAUCACGGAAUAAGAAGCGUGCAUCUCGAGCUACAACACCAACGUCACUAGAUGAAAUAUCCAACAGUAAUGUUUGCUCAAAAGAGUCCUUGCUAUCGUCAUCAUCAUCUGGUAGCGAGAAUAUAGUGAAAAGUCGUAAAUUCAGUGUUGAUGAAAAUGAGUAUAAACGUGAACUACCCGCUAAAGUUCAGAACGAUGAUGAAUCUUCAUACAGUUCCUAUCAUUCGGCCUUAGUUCCACCACCAAAUCCAACUACCACAAAUCAGCCACCCACAGCGACAACGCACACUUAUUCGUCAUAUGCUUUGAACAGUGCACAUCGAAUUGAACCAAAUCAGUCGAUUCCAACCGCACAAAUAUAUCAAACACCACCACCACCAGCCAGUUUUCCAACCGUGAAUUCUCAACUCGCUCCAAAUAUGUCGACUUCGAACCCACUGUAUCAUUAUUUGGAAAAUCCCAAUCGGCCACCUGGUUUCAAUACGGCAUACAAUGCCUCACCUAUGUUUUCAAUUCAUACUAAUGUUCCACCGCCAACUCUGUUGAACAGCAGCAAUUACCUAACGAAAAGCUAUUCCACGUUAAGUGAACCAUCAACGCCGGUUGCUACUAUACCAAGCAAUGUCAGUACGCCACCAUCAUCUAGUAAUACGCCGUUAAAUCCAAAGGUGCUGUCACGUACACAGAGCGCUGAUCCCCGACUCAAUCCACAGAAAGAUCUUCCACCGGCUACGCCGAAACGAAAGCUAUCCAUUAAUGAAUAUCGCAAGCGCAAACAACUCACGAAUACGACGGAAAAGCCGAAAGUCGACAGUAGCGAAAGGACUGAAAGUCCAGCCGAAUCUGAUAGGCCCGCACAAACCGAAGACAAACCGAAAAAUGGCCUGUCCGUUGUGGAUGCCACCAAGGAAACAGUCUUUAGUCCGGCACCAACAUUAUUGGAAAUGCAACAGGAGAACCUUUCGAAAAGAUUGAAGUCUUACAAGAGUUUGCAUGGAAUAUCAUCACAGAUUGAUGCAACCACACCGACAGACACGGCGCUCGGAAAUGAAGUCUCCACAUCAAUCUCAGAAGCUUUGAAUGCAUCGAGUACCAACAGCAGCUUAACAUCAGUUUCAUCGCCAAAAUCCGAUUGCGAUUUCGAUGAAGCUGAAAUUACUGAUUCAAUUCCAACGCCUGAAAUGGAGAAGAAAGAGGCAUCGGUGUCGGCAUCGGCAUCAACCAGUGAACCUACUUCAUGCGCAAAUCCAAAUGAUGCAAAGGAGGAACAAAUCGAAUCAAGUGAAAAUGACUUUGACCUUGAACCUGCGGAACCACCACAAAGUGCGACUUUAGAUUCAACAAAGGCUUCAGCUCCACCACACAGCGAAGAUUAGGGUAUAUGCCUUAUAGAUAGAAGGCCAACAAUCAGUGCAGUGUCGAUAUGAUGACGUGCAAAAAAUGCGUUAAACCAACUACUAAAAUUAUUUCUGAAGUUGAUCUUAUAGAAAAUAGUCGGUUUUAAGUUAAUUGUGUUUUAGCCCGUUCCAAACAAAGAAUUCAUUUUAUUACAGAAUCAUUACUGUAAUGUUACACUUCAAAGUUUGACGGUCACACAUAGAACAACUAUAUUACUUUCAGUUUGAAAAUAAACCAUCUACUUAACCAAAAUUGCAUAAUGACACACUGAGUCAGAAAUUGCCCAAUGAUUGAUUGAGCGCUGCUGAUUAAUGGUGAUGAUGUGGUGAGCGAGUUCACAACCGAAACAUUUGUCCAUUUAUAGACAGAAUUAGAACAAACCAAAAAAAAAAACAAAAACAAAUGACAAACAAAAUCAUGGAAAUGAAUCACAGUAUUAUAUCACAACACAUUUUGCGUUAUUUUGGGUAAAAUAUAACAUUUGAAAAGCAAUAAUCACCUGAACAAAACGAUAGAAACAUAAGGAAACAAAUAAUCCAGUGAACAAAUUUCAGUUAAAAUCCAGUUACAAAUGGAAACACAUGUUUUUUUUUUACCUUUGAAUACGAAUUUUAUAUUAUUUAUUUAGUUAAUUUAUAAAGCAUUUUCUUCUCACUGA